AUGAAUGUUCUAACAAUACUAUGGACGAUAUGUCUGGUAAGCUUGUGUUACGGUGAAGAGCUGAGAGGAGAUCCUCCAGCCGCCAAGUCAGCAGGAAGGGUAGGUACUACUCUGGAUAUCCUGAAUCCAGACAGAAGAUCAGUACAUGUUGGCAGUGGUGACGAGACAGAUGGAUUGACUAAAAGGGUCUUUACCCCAAAGGAUAGUUUUGCUAUAAAGACUGUUGUUACUGGAGGAGUUGAGCUCUGGAAGCCUAACAGAGAUGGCGAAAAGUGUGAACUUGUAGAAGCAUAUAGCAAGGGAAGCUCCAUACUGGUCUACUUAAAGGUUGAUACUACAAUUGGACUAAGUUUGAAAUACCUCGAGAAAGUAAAUGAAAGUUGGAGAAAUGAGAAGGAAGAAGAGUCUCCUGUAGAGGAUGUUCAUGAAGGGGAUGAGGAACCAAAAGCUUCUGAAUCUGCAUCCAAUACUGAGGAGGUAGUUCAGGAACAACCAGAGCCUGAACCAGCUACAGAAGAGGAAGAACAAUCACCAGGAAAUAGUGAGGCAUCUCAAGAAGGAAGCUUCGUCACAGAAAGUAGAUACUCGACCAGCCGAACAGAUUGA